CGACAUUUCUGUCGCUUUCUGAGAAUACUGAAAAGUUUGAUUUGGUGCAUAGAUUAGUUUGUUUCGAAGUUCACAAAGAUGAAGCUUUGCCAGGUUAUUGCAAGCUAUGUUGUUCUAUUCUUACUCUGGGAAUCAGGCACAGAAGCAAGGGAAAUCCAUAUUUCAUCGAGUGGGAACGAUUCGUCAAACUGCUCUAGAAGCGAACCAUGCAAAACUCUGGAUCAUGGCUUCAUCGUCGCUUUAAAGUCCGACUCUGCACAGUUGAUAUUGGAUGGAGGAAGUUAUGUAUUGAAUAAGCCCCACAGUUUUAUGAAUAUGACUACGUUUGAUAUUAUUGGAACUGGUAACGUGAAAAUAACGUGUGGGGAUGCAAAUGUCAGUCUAUCGUUCGUUUUAUGCAAUAAUAUCAGCAUGGAGCGAGUCACGCUACAGAAAUGUGGUGGAUGGUAUAUGAGUACAUAUACUGCACACAAAUAUUUUCCUGAACUUCGAGGAGCCUUUUUCAAGACUGCUUUGUAUUUUCGAUAUUGUAGGAAUCUUCGAGUCUUUGAUGUGGAAAUCUCACAUUCUCCAGGACUAGGCGCAAAUUUGUACGACGUUGGAGGAAUCGUCAACUUCACUAACAGUGUGUUCGCCAACAACUCUGGCCUAGAUGAUGACGCUUAUGACAAAAAAAGUAAGUUUGUUCAUUCAGGGGGCGGAAUUUUCUUGAUGUUAAACCCGUACAUCAAUAAUACGUUGAACGUCUCCUCAGUAGAGCACGAUUCGUAUCAACACAACAACAACUAUCUGUUCUCAAAUUGUCACUUUCUCGGAAACACUGCACAGUGGGACGGGAAUGAAAUGCAAGAACUGUAUACACCAGCCCGUCCAUUUACUUCAGGAGGAGGAUUAGCUGUGUUUUUCGAGUCAAAUGCCAGUAAGUGUAGCGUGAAAAUCCAAGGAUGUAAAUUCAGGAAUAAUAAGGCUUCAUGGGGAGGUGGACUUCAAGUCGAAUUCAGAAAUUUCUCAGAAAACAAUACAGUGUUGAUCGAAAGCACUAUUUUUAGUGAUAAUUUCGCAGCCUCCGCUGGCGGAGGUAUCCGCAUCGGAAACUUAGCCCGUAAAUCAGGUGUACCAUUAACUCCAAAUCGUUUCUAUUUUGUUAACUGCUCGUUGACAAAAAACAGUGCCUUUUGGGGAGGCGGUGCAUCGAUUUUCGGGACCACUAUUCUUGGAGGGAACAACGAGGCCGGAAGGAGUCCGACUACUCAGUUUCACUACAGCAAUUGCAAAUGGCAAUACAACAACGGAAGUGUGGGAGCCGCCAUGGCAAUCUACCUUUACAAUUACAAUGAAGAUCAACUUGGACCGGAGACUCCAUUUCAUGUGCAAUUUGAUAACGGUACGUUGUUUGAAUCCAAUGAAGUUCGUGUCCAUAAACAGGACGUCACGACCGGACAAGGAUCUCUCUAUAGUUCGCAAGUGCCACUCAUCUUUAGAGAUUAUACAAAGUUUUCGAGCAAUCAAAAGUCUGCAGUAAUGUUGGAUGGAUCUUUCCUUGACGUUCAUGAUCAGGUAGAUUUUAUCAAUAACACUGGCUACAGAGGGGGAGCCAUAGCCAUGUAUGGACGGUCAAGAAUCAUUUUCUAUCCUAAGGCCAAUGUAAACUUUGAAGGAAACACUUGCGAUGAUAAAGGGGGUGCACUAUAUAUCCAAAUCCCGGGACCUCCGUUAGUAAGCUUCAACCAAACUGGUACCAACGUUUUCACUUGUUUCUUUGGUUAUGAAUCGAAAGUGGACUAUCAGAGAUGGAACGUAAAUAUCACCUUCAAAGACAACAAAUGCAGUGGUCUUUAUGCUGGCCAAUGCAAAGGGAAAUCUGUCUACGCCACAACGCUAAAAACCUGUUAUAGAGUGGGCGAAAAUCGCGCAAAUAACAGCGUGUUGAAAUGGAAGUUUGUAAAAUUUGAUACCAAUGUAUCAUUUGCGGUUUCAACGGAUCCUGUAGAAUUACUGUUUAAUGAAACCAACUGGAAUGUCGCCCCAGGUGAAUGGUUCGAUGCAGAUGUCAAACUGGGAGACGAGCUUUACAACGCUGUCCAAGGAAUUAUUCUUGUUACUACCCGCAAUCUUUCCCAUGGAACAGUUAGUAUUUAUAACCAGCCUUCUUGUUCCUUUCUAACAAAUGAUGCAGGAAAAAUCACACGCUUGUUUUUGAAGGGAUACGAAGGAAGCAUUUUCUCAUUGCAUCUAAGCUGUAUCGGAAAUCAACUUCUGCGUUAUGUGAUAAACAAAGUCAUGUUACGAAACUGCUACGACGGAUUGGUGUUUAAUAAGACAACGCCUCAAUGUCACUGUAUGAAAUCAACAACCAAGGGUGGCAGUGGUAUUUCGAGAUGCGAGAAAAGAAAGACCGUUUUUAUUAAGCGAGGGUUCUGGGCUGGCACGGUCUAUGAUAAAAACAAUAUGAAUAGCUUUUCAACUUAUAACUGUCCUGAAGGUUAUUGUGAUAAUACGUUAGAAUGGAAUUCGAAAGCAAGUGACUAUAAGUACGUAAAGAACCGCGUGUGUACGGACGGACGAGAUCCAAGCAGUGCACUCUGUGGGAAGUGCCUGGAAAAACACAGUGUUGUUAUUGGAGGUGAAGAGUGUUCAAGCACCUGCUCGAACUGGUGGUUGUUUCUCAUUAUCCCGUAUGGCGUUGGCUUCCUGCUUGUCGUUGUAGUUAUUAUGCUCAUCGAUCUGGAUGUUUUCACGGGAUAUUUCAAUGCCUGGCUCUACUCUUACCAAGUCAUGAAUCUCUUGGUGCCAGGUGACUUCAAAUUCAACGUUGUUAGCGAAUUUAUGAUUUAUCUCAGCAACAUUCGCAUUCGGGUUUCAGGCCUUAGCUUUUGUUUUGCUUCUGGUAUCGACGACGCAGACAAGCUAAUGAUAAUGUACGCCAUUCCAGUGUACGUCAUAGUGGUUGUGAUCAUAAUAGCGAAACUGGUCGGCGCUUACCCGCAGUGGUGUUUCAGCAGACGAGUCAGAGCCCCAUUCCGUGGCAUCUGCACCAUCUUUGUACUUUGUUAUACAGAUAUCACCAGCAUUUCCCUCAAGAUCCUCCGCUACGCUAACAUUGGAUCAAGAACUGUGCUUUACGUCAACGGUAACAUCGAUUAUUUGAAAGGAAAACAUCUUGGUUAUGGAAUUGUUGCCAUAUUGGUCAUAUUGCUAUUUGUGAUACCAAUCCCGACGAUUCUUUUAUUUCGCAGUUGCCUGACCAGACGUCUUCGUCCUGUCUUGAAUCUCAACCGCUGGAAUCCUUUUUUCAAUGCUUUUCAGAGCUGUUUCAAAGAUAAAUAUCGUUGGUGUGCGGCAUUCUACUUUAUCUGCCGUCUUAUUAUCCUAUUUAUUCACACGAUGAUAUCUCCGGGUCCUGCCAAAAGGCUUUUGUUGGAAGGUGUCUGCGUUUUGAUUGUUCUAUUCUUUGCAUUCCUCAAGCCCUACAAGGAAGCCGCCGACGUGGAGGAAGACGAAGAAAAUUACGAAUGGAUGAACAAAUCCGUUGUUGUGCUGUUGACAACUCUUGCGUUCAUUACCAUGGUCAGGUCCCCCCUUGAUUACAGCGGUUCUACAAACCAACCGGAGAUGGAAGUCCUCAAGAAAUUGCUCAACAUUCUGUCAUGCGUUCCAGCUGCAGUUCUGCUAGUAAUAGGUGCUACUAUUGUUUGGAAACGCCUAUGCCACAGUGACCCUGAAGACGAAUUACCACGGAUGUCCACCACGGAUAGCAGAGAAGCAACUCCGGUGCACACACCCGAAUCAUCUCUGACUCCACUUGGUGGAGUCAGCCGCAACACGAGCACUGAACACAGCAGCCUGCUCAGGAGGGCCCAAAAACCCUUGGCGAGAUAUGGCAGCCAAGACAGCCGCCACAGCUAUAAGACUGCUGAAGAAUGAAUAAACAUGGCACAUACAUGUUCGCCUAAUAGAAGAAGCUAUGGACUAAUGUUCAGUAAAUUACGGUAAUAACCUACAGCUCUAACUACUCUCAACGACUGACUCUGGAAAGCUGGUUUACUAACUUAAAACAGAUUCUCCUUAACAAAUGUCAACUUCUACCGGCACCAUACAAACGACUCAUUCACGACAUUAACAUUACAAACGAACCGACUUACACCACUUGAGUCUUACAGCCGAUAACAUUACGGCAAAACUGAACCGGACUAAGUACAUUCGACUGACAAACUAUUCACUUGACUCUGACGACGACUUCCGCACAGGUUGUGGAAACGUCAGUCAUCACCGUGUACGACACUUUCACAAAUUAGGAUAAAUUGAACAUUUACGAUUUUAAACAUUUUUAUUAGUUCUUAAUUUAGUAAGCAUACCAUCUUACCUGGUUUUUUCCUAAUUUCUAACUCCUUUUUUUCCAUUCAAAUAAGUUCUUAUUGCAUCAGCUUAACAGCUAAAAGCUUCAAUCUGAAGCGAAAUUACGUCUAGAUAUUUUUCCUCAGUGCAUUACGAUUGUUAAAAAAUGAUUUACUAUAUAGACUUAGCAAUCAGCUUUUUCAUGAAAAUUGAAGACAUUUUUUAGUUGCAAUACGCGUCAAGUGUUGUUCAGUUUGAAUGUAAUUUCACUUUUUCUCGAUCCUCCAUUGAGUAGGUCGAUCAGAUUUUCUAAAAUCAAUAUUACGGAGGAUUGCACUCAAAUAAGCUAUAAUCACAUAAACUGCAAACAAUAAUAAUGAUAAUAAUAAAACAAGCAAAUAAACCUUCUAAGAGAAAGUAACUUUCAAAUCAUCGAAAGAACUUCGUCACUAAAUGAGCUGUUUUUAUAACAUCGCAGUUUUCAAAUAACCUUCUUAAUAGUAUCGUUAGUUAACCUGAUUUCUAAACUAUAUUUCGUGCCCAGUAUAUUUCGAGCGAGAACGUCAGUGUGCAUAUCGAGCGUAUCGCAUUUCGAGCGUAUAUUUCGAGCGAGAACGCCAGUGCGCAUAAAUAAAAGCAAGCAAGCGGGCAUGUGGCGGUCGCGGUUUUCAGAGAAACAGCAGCAAAGCUUUUGCUUGCCAGGCUUGUGCCAGCUCGUUUUUCCGCUCGUGCUUACGUGCACUGACUAAGAGCUUGGAAUCACAGCAGGCUCACACCACAUCGCAGAAAUCAUCCGAAAUGAAUUAAAAUUCUAAUUGUUAACUGUCAGGUCUGUCAAGUUUUUUACAAAUUUACUCAGGUAAACAUUGUUCUUUAAAUUGAAAAGGGUGCCCAAGGUAAUAAGUCUUCCAAAUGAGCUUAGGAAACAACGUAGCAUCUCCUCUUUUAGGAAUGAUUUGAUGAAUUAUUUUCUAAAUUCUUAUGGAGACAUUGAUUCUUUUGAGGCUGUAUUAUAAUCUAGUUUUAUUGUAUUUAUAAUCUUUGAAUAGUUACACUGUUCGACUUGUUAGUUCUAUUUUUAAUCUCCAUGGCCUAGAAUGCAUUACUUAUCAACUUUAGUUUUGAGGGCCACUGGUUUAUCAGCGCAAGCUGUUAUGUGUAUACCCUCUUUAAAUAAAGUCGAUUAUUAUUAUUAUUAUUAUUAUUAUUAUUAAUAAAGAUUUCCGCUUCCUAGACAACCGUUAAAUCGCAUUAUUGUCCAAACGCACAAAGAAGAGUACAGAUAAUAAAGCGCGAAUCGAGUAAAAAUAUCACGAGAUAUUUGGAGAGUUGGUUAUUUUGUGCCGUUUAAAAAAAAACCUGUUCAACAAGUCGGCUGGGCGUGCUUCGCUUUUCCCGCCUUAUAAGAAAUGCAUAUUAAAUAAAGCAGUUGGAUGAUAAAUAACUUAUUCGACGUUUUAGUAUGUUGUAUCUCUGAGUAUUUUUACUCGUUGUUUGUAUUUUGACUCACUCCCAGGCCCAUCAAAAUACGCCACAACUCGUAAAAAUACUCAGCGAUACUUCACACCCAAACGCCCUGUAAGAUGUAUUUAUUACCUAACGGCGCACCACGUGCGAUAUUUGGACAGUUGGCUAUUUUGAACUGUAAAAAACCUGUUUAACCGGUCAGCUACACUUGCCACGCGUCUCUAUCUGCAUAGUUUUUCUCGCCUUUUAAAAAGAAAUUCGCUUUAA